AAACCGGAUUUGCCUGGGUCGCUGGCCAAUAGAGAGCGCCGCAGCAUUCCGCCGUUGGCGUUGAACGUAGGCCUAGUGGCGUUUGCGUUUUGACCGGCGAGCUGCAGUUCGUGUAGUGUCUUUUGUUGUUUCGUUGCCAGCUCGGACGUUCGACGCUUUCUUCGUGGACCUGUUUUUGCAUGGCGCGUGUGCCUUGUCAUUAGCGCGUGCCACCCGUCGUCUUCGUCGGCUUCACUUGCGGCGGCGUGUGCCGCCCUUACACCGGCGCUUCGUUCGGCGCGCAACGCUACUUUAUCCCGGGGCGCCCCCACCACCAAUGGAACAAACCGGCAAGAGGUCCGACAAGAAGCGAACGCACAAGGACGGCACCCCGGCCGAACCGGAGGAGUUCAUCGUCGAGAAGAUACUCGAACGACGCGUGAGGCAGGGCAAAGUCGAAUACCUGCUCAAGUGGAAAGGCUACGGUGACAGCGAGAACACCUGGGAGCCCGAGGAGAACCUCGACUGCCCGGGCCUGAUCGCGCAGUUCGAAGAGAAGCGCAAGCAGAAGGCCGAGUCUCAGCAGCAGCAGUCGGCGACCAAGAUGAAGGACGACGCCGACGCGCCGAGCCGCAAGAAGAAAAAACAGGACGGCGGGGACGCAAAACCACGUGGGUUUGACCGGGGCCUGGACCCGGACCGAAUCAUCGGCGCUACGGAUUCGUCCGGAGAGCUGAUGUUCCUCAUCAAGUGGAAGGACUGCGACGAGGCGGACAUCGUGCCUGCGAGGGUGGCGAACGUGCGCUGCCCGCAGGUGGUCAUUCGGUUCUACGAGGAACGUCUCACUUGGGACACUUGUGGCGGCCGCGACGAGGAGGCGUCCGAGAAAGCGGCCAAGGCUUAGCGAGCUCGCCCCGCCAACAACCGCUCUUGCGUCCAGCGUACCGUUUUUCUUUUUUGAAACGACCUGGACGGUGGCUCUUCCGGAACAAUCCGUACCUCCCAACUCCUCUUUUCGCAGUUAUUUUUUCCCCCCGCCAUUUGAUUGCGUUCACCAGCGAUAUGGCGUGUUUGUGUGUGUUCGUGCUGCUUUUUUUAAGCCUUUUUUUUUUUCUCAACCUGAGGUGCCGGAGACGCUGUGUGAAGAAAAAAAGAUGAUUUUUUCUGCGCCGUAACCACGGCCGGCAAGAAAGUGUUUUUUUUUUUUUGGUUUGUAAAUCAUUGGUUAUCUCAUAAAUUGUAACAUCAUGACCUUCGCUCGCCGUAUGUGGCGGCAGUAAUCUUUGCUUUGUUGUGCUUUCUUCUAGCCGUCAAAUUGCAGCGCAGGCAUCCGAUCAUGUUUAGUAAUCUUUGCUUUGUUGUGCUUUCUUCUAGCCGUCAAAUUGCAGCGCAGGCAUCCGAUCAUGUUCACUUUUUUUUUUUUUUUUUCACUUGCUGUGCUGCCCACGUUGUUGCAACCGCUAAAUAUCUCUUGUGUUGUCCUGGCAUAUAAAAGAAAGUGCGCCAGCUUUUUCGGUCGCCAUUCAUCCUAUGUCAUAAAAAAAAAAAAAACGCAUUUCACCAAUUUUUUUUUUUACAGCAACGAAACAUUGUUCCGUUAGCGCUUCGAGAUGACUGUUUUCUAGGCUGCAGCAGCUAGUGGCUUUUUUUUUUUUUUUUUUCCUGUCCCCGCUGUUUAUUUUUGGUUUGAGUCGUUCGUUGCGGUUUCUGUAAUUGUAUAAAACAGGAGAUCAUUAAAGAAUUCUUUCAUCAACAAGUUCCUUGGGCAAAGGACAGCGUUCCAACCUUUCCAUUUUCUAGGCAUGUCAGCAUUGACAGCUGUCAAAUGUGUGCCAGCUGUUGGUGGCAACAUUGCUAAAGCUGCAUAUUUCUGGUCGCUUCUGCCGCUGUUUCUGAUCGCAGCAGUUUUGCAUGACGCGGUUGUUAAGGCACCUGUGGGGUCACUUUGUUCUCAGGAAACCAUCACUGGGCCUUGUUUAAAUUUAUAAAGUGUUUCGUAAUGGUAUGACACCAGCAAUAAUAUAAGGUAGGCGAGCAUGCAGGUUGUCUCUGUGGCACUUGCAAUGGAAUUGCAUUGUAGAUUUAUGGUUGGGGUUGGUUAGUUGAAGUUCCAUUGAUUUGUUUUGACAGAUAGCCGACUCAUGCAUGAGGAGGUGCCACAUUUAUUUGUAGAUUAGAAAAGCAGUUAUAUGUUAAUGCCAUGAAAGCAUAGGUAUAACUUUUUUCUAAAGUAUACACCAUUGAAGUGAUACAUUCUAAGGCUUAUCUUAUGUGUGUCUGUCACCCUAGCUUGUCACAUUACUUGUCCUACCCAACUGCAUCAUGAGAAAUGAAGAUGUAUGCUCAAUUUUCCGUCAAAUUUUGAAUCAAGACCCAGAUGUUGCGUGGGAAAUGCAGCAUUUUUUCAUGCUGCGUCCGUGAUGUGCUCUUUUGCCAUCAUUCGGAUUUUAAUCACCAUUGGAGUGCCGCACUUAGGCAAAAACCAUUGCGUGUGGUAGCAAGACAGUAGGAAACUGCGUCAUGAUUUAUUCACGUUUCAUGUGUAAUUUGUUCGUUACAUUCGCAUUUAAGUCUUAGAGGUGUGAGAGUGCUUGGGUUCAUUCACGGCUUUUUGCCAUGCUACAGGAAAUAAACUAAUUAAAAAUG